AUGCGCCUGUCUACCUUCAUCCCUCUGCUCGCCCUCGGAAGCUCAGCGGCUGGCACUGACUGCAAGCCCCGUAACCCCGAUGGGUACGCUGCUAGCGAUGAGUUGGCUGCCUGGAUCGGAAAGGCUGUCGACGACUUCUACCCUUUCCGUGACACAUGGGCUGCCGCCUACGACGCAUCAUUCGCACCCAAUCUAUCGGCGACAUUCAACGCGACCAAAUUCGACUUCAACACCCUGAGGGCAGCCUACGGUAGCUUCCUACCUAAGCUCCAAGGCCAAUACGCUGGAACAUUCGGCCACGGCUACUACUCUGUUGUCGCGGUACCCCAUGCUAGCGACCGUGGUGGUUUCGUUUACAUCACUGGCUGGGCUGGUGGCUACAUCGACGGUGACGCAGACCGACUGUACAAUGUAUCGCACGCUGCCUUUGGUGUUGUUGAGCAACAAGAGGAUUGCUCUAUUAAGAUUGCGGAGUGGCGCGAGAGCUCUAACAUGGCCCCCUCUCCUUGA